UUAAUUAAAAAAAAAAGCCAAUCCAAACACAACCCGUUAAAUCAAACAAAGUUACAUAUACACCACCAACAUCCUCAACAAUCUACAUGCUCAGCUCACUUAAGUUCUCCAAAAACCCAUCAAAAUCUCCACCCCCUCAUCAUCUUCUCCACCUCCUAACCAAAACCCCAUCUCUAAAACUCACCAAACAAACCCACACUCAAUCUCCAACACUUUUCAACUCAAUGGACACCUAUUCAUACAACACAUUGAUCAACACGUACGCAAAACAUAAUCUUUAUCAUGAAUGUUUCACCCUUUUCAACAACAUGUGUCACAGUAUUCAUUCACCUGAUGAGUUCACAUUCUCGAUUCUUGCUAAUAUUUCCGGGGAUACAGGACACUUUUUCGCGGGAAAAUGGGUUCACGGGAAGUCCGUGAAACAUGGGUUUGUUGCAGCAGAUGUUGUGUUAACUAAUUCUUUGAUGUUAAUGUAUGGGAAAUGUGACAGAACAAAAGAUGCACGUAAACUGUUUGAUGAAAUGCCUCAAAGAAGUAUUGCUUCAUGGAAUAUAAUGUUGGGUAUGUAUGUUAAUGGGGAAUGCUCGUUUUCGGAUUCUGAAGUGUGGGAGUAUGUUAAGAGAAUGUUAAUGGAAGGGCGAAAGAUUAAUGAGUUUACGUUGUCGAAUCUGCUUCCGUUGUGUGGGAAGCGAUUCGGACGGUUUGAUUAUGGGAGGGAGCUUCAUUGGUACAUUGUUAGAAAGAUGAACCUUGAUGUCGAUUCGGGUGUUCACUUAAACUGCUGUUUGAUCGAUAUGUAUUCACGGCGUAGUAAAGUAAGUUUGGCCCGGUUUGUAUUUGAUCAAAUGAGGUUUAGAAACAUUUUUGCGUGGACAGCGAUGAUGAACGGUUAUUUACGUAAUGGCGCUCCUGAAGAAACCGUACGUCUGUUUCGUGAAAUGCGAAGAGCGAGUGAGGUGGAACCAAAUGAGGUGUUGGUUUUAACUCUUCUCCCUGCUUGUAACUUAACCGCAGGGUUGUUAGGAGUGCAACAAACCCAUGGGCUUUCGGUUAAAAAGGGGUUCGUUAAUCACACGUCUUUAUGCAAUUCGUUAAUCGAUAUGUACUCCAAGAACGGUCUUUUAACCUCUGCGAGAAAAGUUUUUGAUCACGAUUGUCGCUCGAAAGACGCAAUUUCAUGGAGCUGUAUGAUAUCCGCGUGUGGAUUACACGGCAACGGUCAUGAGGCGGUUACUUUGUAUGAUAAAAUGGUUACAAGCGGGAUCAAACCGGAUGCAAUCAGUGUAGUCGGAGUUCUUUCCGCUUGUAGCAAAUCCGGUCUGGUUGAAAAAGGCCUUGAUGUGUAUAGCAAAGCGGUAACUGUUUUCGGGCUUGACCCAACGGUUGAAAUGUGUUCUUGUGUGGUUGACUUGUUGGGACGGUCAGGUCGACUCGAUGAAGCGUUGACUUUCAUAAAGUCAAUGCGUUUAGAGCCCGGACCGAGUGUUUGGGGAGCACUUGUUAGUGGUUGUGUAGAUCCUGCACACUAUGAGACUAAAGUUUUGGGUUAUAAAUCGCUUAUUGAGAUUGAACCUGAAAAUGCGUCCAAUUAUGUAUCGCUUUCUAAUGUUUAUGCAACUUCUAGAAGGUGGGAUUAUGUUGCUGAUAUAAGAAGAGUGAUGAAAGAAAGAAAUUUGAGUAAGGUGCCUGGGUGCAGUUGGAUUACAGUUAACAGUAGAACUCAUAGUUUCUUAGUUGCGGAUAAAGCUCAUCCUGCGUGUGACAAGAUAUAUGAGAUCUUGAGUGAACUCGUUCUAGUGAUGAAGAGACCUUGAUGAGUAAGGGUGUCAAUCGUGUCGGGUGAACUGGCAUAUCUUAUGUCGACCAUUGAGUCAUUAAGAUUUCCUCAUGUUUCUCG